GGACCCCGACCGUCAUGUUAAGGUAAAGCAGCGGGGCUCAGCGCUGAACAUGCUGAGGAAGCUGGAUAAAAUCAGGUUCAGAGGCCACAAGAGAGACGACUUCCUCGACCUAGCGGAGUCUCCCAAUGCCUCGGACACCGAGUGUGGAGACGAAGUGCCCCUGAAGGUGCCGCGGACCUCGCUCCGGGACAGCGAGGAGCUGAGGGACCCUGCUGGUCCAGGGACCCUCAUCAUGGCUGCAGGAGUCCAGGACUUCAACCGGACAGAGUUUGAUCGAUUAAAUGAGAUCAAAGGUCACCUGGAAAUCGCCUUAUUGGAAAAACACUUCUUACCACGUGGGCACAGUGGCUGGUCCUGGGUGAAGUGGGACUGUCUGCCCCCAGGACUGUAUGCUGGAAUCAAGUUUUUCCUCAUCGAUUUUAUCUUCAAACGCUGCCCGAGGCUGCGUGCCAAGUACGACACCCCCUACAUCAUCUGGAAGAACCUCCCCACCGACCCCCAGCUCAAAGAGCGCUCCAGUGCUGCUGCCGUGUCCCGCAGGCUGCAGACGGCCUCCUCGCGGAGCUAUGUGUCCAGCGCCCCAGCCGGCCUGAGCAAGGACGAAGACGCUGGUCGCUUCCACGGCACCAAGAAGGGCAAUUUCCACGAGAUCUUUAACUUGUCAGAAAACGAGCGACCCCUGGCGGUGUGUGAGAAUGGCUGGCGCUGCUGCUUGAUAAACAGAGACCGGAAGAUGCCGACGGACUACAUUAGGAACGGGGUGCUGUACGUGACGGAGAACUACUUGUGCUUUGAGAGCUCCCGAUCCGGGUCCUCCAAGAGGAACAAAGUCAUCAAGCUGGCGGACAUCACAGACAUCCAGAAGUACAAGGUCCUGUCUGUCCUCCCGGGUUCGGGCAUGGGGAUUGCCGUGUCGACACCAUCGACCCAGAAACCCCUGGUGUUCGGUGCCAUGGUGCACAGAGACGAGGCCUUCGAGACCAUUUUCAACCAGUACAUGAAAAGCACAGCGGCAGCCGCAUCCGGCAGUGACAGCUAGUGUUGUCUCUCCCAGGACACUGCUGGACGUUUCCUUUCUUUCUUUCUUUCUUUUUUUUUUUUUUUACAAUUUGGUAGUGGGAAAAAAAUUGGAUAUCCUCAUGAUCUUUUGCAAUAAUUCCCCUCGAUCUGUGGUUUCUAUUGUGUUAACCUGCCUUUACAGACCCCUCAUGCAGGGGUUGGGGCACUCAGACGGUGCCAGCCCGCCUGGCAGGUGAGGCACGUCUCAAACACCUGUGGACACAGAGGCCACUGGAAAGGAGGACACGCAGGACACACAGUGUCCCAGCCACCGCCAAGCACAUCUGCCCCUUCUCUGUCCCCACCCGGGCAGAGAGACCCGGCUCUCUGGAGGCCGGCAGCUCUUCCACACCAAAGCCAUAGCGGAAGGACAUUGAUGAUGAGGGACAGAGGCCCCUUCACCAGCCUCCACAAAUGGCCAGUCGGUCUCGCUCUUUCUCCAGUGGGACCCCUACCGCAUGUCCUCGGAGCGCCAUCUGGUUCAGCCUUUGUGGGGCCAGCAAGGGCUGGUGGGAGGGGCCCCCGUGCCUCAGGCCUGGGCCUGGCCUACCGUCUGCAGGGGCCACCUGCCAUCUCGGCCUAAGAAGCCGGCCAGGAGGCCUGUAAUUGGCACCUGAUGCGGAUACGGAGUGUCGUGUAGGUAGGAGCGUCUUUUUAACAUUUUGCUGUUUGGAAAGGCCCAGAAUGUCCCCCGGCUCUCAGGGGCACUCAGGCUUUGGUGGCUCUCAGGUGAAAACCAGCUACGGCAUGGCAGGUGCCAGCCUCCAGGCUGAGCCACCAGGGCUGGUGAGGGAAGGGCUGUGGGGCUCAGGUGGGCACUAGCUUCCCAGGCCCAUGGUGGGCCAGGCUGUGUAGGGACGCUUGAGUGACCGUGAGCAGAGCCCAGAGGUUUGUGGCCAGGCAGUCUGCACCCCGGCGUCUGAGUGUUCCGGGCCCCCCUGCACUGGCGUGCACAUGGGUGCGAGCGAGCCCCUGCCCUCCCCAGCUGGUCUGGGCCCCGCCCUGCCCAGGAAGCCACAGCCCUCGUGCAGGUGGCCAGGCUCGGUCCAUGCUGGGACCGCCCUGGAACCCAGAGGGGUGUCAGGACAGGCCGGUGGCCUCUGCAGAGGACGUGCUUGUGGGGCUGGGGCGGGUCAGCAUGGCCGCCCUCCCUCACGGUCGGCACGCUUCCCAGUGCGGAGUCCUCCGGUUCCUUGACUUGUCCUGAGUCCUUUGGAUGUCACUGAGAUUGUUGUUUUUUGAAGAAACAGAAGAUUAUAUUUUUUACAGAGAGCAAGUUGUUUUUCUUAUUUUUGUAUCAUUUUUCAGAUGUAAUUUUUACCUUUGCUCUGAUCCUAAUUUGCUGGUUUUGGUGAGAGACUGGUGGCAUUGCUCGUCACCCCUUCCCUUGCUGGGGCCCCUGGAGCGCUUGCAGGGGAGCCAUGCCGACCAGCCAGAUUAAGCACACACCCUGCCCCAGUCGGUGAAACCUGGGGACCCGCAGUGUCCACUGGCUCUCAGUCACACUGGUGUUUGCGUUCAUGUGAUUCUGUAGGUCGAACUUCUGAGAAUGACGGCAGAGCCCACUCUAAACCUUGGCUUAGGCUCCCACGGUCAAUGAAGGUGGACUGGCUCUCAUGGGCCCCAUAGAGGCCUUGGGGACAUAGAGGCUCUGGGACACACCCCAGAGAGACCCCCAGUAUCCAAGGCAGACAGGGUGGGCCCUGAUCCGCCCCCAGGGGCGGGCUGCGGGGUGACCCCGUGGGUGCUGCUGCAGCCCUCCCCCAUGGCCGCGCGGGGGUCAGCAUGUGCUUCUUUGUAAGCACGAGGAGAUUCUGUCCCCAAGCUCAGUGGGGGUGGUCCCUGCAGUGGUUUAGUUCGAGUCCCUUUUGAGAAGAAAGGGAGAUGAAAACUGACCACGUGCCAGGGUGUGGUCGCCUGGCCCCAGCCCAGGGUGGGCUGAGGGAUGCUAGGGUACAGGAUGGGGUCCCUGAGUUGCCCAAGGGGCUGGCGGCAGGUCCUUCGGAUGCCCAGGGGCUGUGCUGAGAAGAGCGCGGCCCCAUCAGAGAAGACCUGUGGUUUUACUGAACUGUAAAUCUGGGCAGAGAUUUAAUUUCUACGACUAAUCACUGAACUAGAAUGAAUGUUAAAUUUUUUAUGUCUGAAGCCUGAGUCUAUUUUGGAUCUGUAAAUAAUCGUUACCAGUGUAACUCUUUCCACAACAGGGUUGUACCGUAUGAAGAACCGAUGAAACAAAUCCCCCUGUAACAUUUUUUUAAGAAAACCUUGUUUGUUUAAAGAAAAAGUCUUGUAUAAAUUAUAAUUUUUAUUUAAACAAACCUGAGCUGCUUUGUGCUAAGGUAGGGCCCCGUGCAUCGUGGGCAGUGGGUGGCUCAGGGCCUCUGCAGCUGCCAGUGCUGGACGGCAGGGGGCGUUUGGGCACCAAGCCACCUGGGUGAGGGGUGAGGGCAGUGGGGAGUGUACAGUGAGAGGCUGGGGGGCAGGGAUCCCCGUUCCAGAAGACAGGAGGCCAGUGACAGGGCGGUGGCUCACAGGGAGGGGCACCCAGGACCUGGCACUGGGGGGCAGCAGGGAGUGGUGCCAUCACCCUGAGGGUGAAUGGGGGACACAGAGAUGGGCAGAAGCAGUGCCUUGAGUUUGGGGUACAGGUCCUGACUUCACCCAGAGAUGCCCUCCCUGGGGGGCCAUGGGCGUCUCUGGGACCAGGUGCUGCUUGUAACCCUCCCCCAAGGUCUGAGGCUGACGAGCAGGAGGCCUUGGGGACCCUGAGCAAAGGGGUCCCCAGUGACACUCGUGGCUCAGCCCGUCCAGAGACUCACUCCCGGCAGAGGGACACAGGUACCCACCCAGCACGGCAACCACCGGGAUUGAGCGGGACACCCAAGGGCACCCGUCUCCCGUACCCUGAGCCCACACGAGCCCCCAGGACGGAGAAGCCUGCAGAAGUCACGCAGGGAGUGUGGCCUGCUACUGCACCCGUCAUCAGGGGCACUGUCACAGCAGUGACAGGACCGUCCCUGGGGAACCUGUCACACAUUCUCAGGAGCACCGCUGCCCACUCCCUGGGUGGCUGACACACACCCUGGUUUUCUAUCCCAGAUAAACCUCCUGACCCCCACCCUCCACAGCCCCACUCAGCCCUGUCCCUUCUGGCAGCACCCCCACCCACUCUGCCCGACAGGCCAUGUGAAUGCCUCCUCACACUGGGGGACACCUGCUCCCUGGAGGGAACCGUUGGCAGGCUCGCUGGUGGGCUCCCCACGUAACCGUUAGCCCGUUUGCCUGUUUUACGCAUGUGCCUUAUUUAAUGUAACAAUAAAGACGCACACAUAUGCCUAAGGACUAUUUUUAAAACCUUGAUAACCAUAUUUCAGUGUAAUUGGCUUCCUUCACAGGCCUUUAUAUUUUAAUGUGUGCCUUUCACAGCAGUACAGACGGUCCCCAACUUACGAUGGUUCAACUUACAGUUUGAUUUUAUGAUACUCUGAAAGCGAUACACAUUCAGUAGAAACUCUAAUUCAGAUUUUGAGUUUUGAUCUUUUCCCAGGCUAGCGAUAUGCGUACGAUGCUCUCUUGUGACACUGGGCCACAGCAGCAAGGUGAUUUGGUCCAAUUUUGCUAAUGUGAGGUGUCUGAGCACGUUUAAGGCGGGUGAGGCUAAGCUACGGUGUUUGGGAGGUUAGGUGCACUAAAUGAAUUUUUCACGUAAGGUAUUUUCAGCUUGUGAUGAGCGUGUCCCCAUCAUAAGGCAAGGGGUAGCUGUACUGAGAAGGCGCCUCUUGGCUUUUCCUGGAGGGUCCAGGGAACCAAAAAAAGCACCUCGGUGCCCUUUCCAGCAGAAGCCAUCACUCUGGCUGCAAAUCAGAAGGGUCACCCCAGGGUGGGAAGAGUAUGGGGCACAGAAAGGGGACAGACAGGAACACAGAGGGAAAUGAAAUUAAUAAUGUUUCUUUUGUCAAAUCGGGGUUCUCUUCAUAGAUACUUGCUGUUUAUAACAGCCACAUUCUGCCCAAAGUAACUUUAUUUUUGUCUUCUCAAACAUACAGAAUAGGUCAUUUUCCAAUCUUGAAACCAGCAAGAUUAGAAAUUAAGUGACCCUUCCAGCCAUAUUCCAGUGACACCGAGCAGAGGAGGGGACAGUCACACCGGUUCCCAGCGACGGGCAGUGCCUCACAGCACCCUCACGUCAUUAGAAUAAGCAGGACUAAUGUCAGAGCAUAGCUGCCGCCUCACUGUUCCCGCGCCAGUGAGCAAAGGAAGUGAAAACAGACUAACCCUUGUAAGUGAUCUUAACUUUUCACUAUGUAGCCAUGCGUUCUGAUCAUUUCUCUUAAAACCCCAGAGUGCAGGUGUUGUGGUCACUCCAUCUAGUCUUCGCGGAGGCCUGAAGCUCUGGCGUGGGGAUGUCUGAAAGAUACUCGGUCCCGUGCAGGUUAUCAAGGCGAGCUCAGGUGUCGCCCGUCACAGUCCCCAAGAACACUCCCAGGUUUGCAAUGUCAGCGUGCAGUCGGUCCACACUGCCAGAGCCAUUCGGGGACCAUGGGGCGUGGCUGGGGUUCUGGUUGACCAAACGCUCACUCCGUGGCCUGAACUGUUUUUCUAGAAGUGGCAGUGGAAAUUCCGGGCGGCGAGUGCACUGGAGAUGCUGACCAGGGACGAGAAAGCCUGAGGACUGUUUGGGGAGACCUUGUAAAGUAGCACGACUCCACAUGGCGAUUGGGGGGUGUUGGGGACACCCCACACCGGCACCUCCCCAGCAGGGUGCGCCAUGCUCCACACAGCUGCCAGUCCUUCAUCUUUGGUUUCUUCCCAACCAGGAGCAACAUUAAGAAGAGAGGAGGCCUGUGUGUAUCUACUUCUUUACACCAGACUUUUCAUCCGCCCACUAUUAUUAAACUGUAUGACUUCCAUAA